ACACGCGACAUCGCGACGCAACCUCGGCCAGGCCACGCAUCCGACGACCUCUGGACUCUGCCUGUCCCCUUCUUGCUUUCUGGGUUUAUAGGUCUGCUGGUCCCACAUUGCCCAUCCAGUCUCGAAGUGGUUCCCAGCACCCUGGGGCAUACAGAAACGCAGCCCAAUUUAUCCGCCACCUUUUCCCCGCACUAUCUACGGUACCAGGCCCAGCAUCCGUUACCAAAGAGGAGUCCCGGCCCUGGUCCCGCAUAUUUGGCCUCUUUAUUACACUUGAUUGAAGUGUCUUCUCGAAUUUAAAGGAAGAGCCUAGCCCGUCAUGUCUCUGGCACGCGCCGUUACCAAACGCAUCAAGCGGUCUGACGCUUCCUCUUCGCCAGCAGAAUCCGUUCCGACGACUCCCACUCGCGCUCAAAGUAUGAGGACUCCAGGCCAGCAGAUCGAUAGAAACAAGAUCUCGUCGCCUGUGGCGCUGAUCUCAACAACCAAUAUGCUCUCCUACAAUGCACCCGACAUCGCUACCCUAAGACAAGCUUCCUCUCCAUCAACCCCCUCCGCCGAGGACUCGGAUCACAGCACCACAACUGCCCGUUCUCGAUCCUCCUCCACUCGCUCCAGGGAAACCCUCACAGAUGCCUCGUCUCUAUCGCCGGACUCGCCCAGAUCACCAGCACCAAACCAACUCUCGGGUUUCUUCCCGUCUGGCAACAAACUACCCCGCCGCUCCGCUUCGUCCAGCAACCUGCCCCACUCCAACUCCGCUGUUUCGGGGGAAACAUGUCCCGUGCCCGCCAUCCCCGAGCGUGCCCUCUCCCACAGCAAGCGCGCCCACGAACGCCUCGCCCAGAAGCGCUCCCUGCAAAGCAUGACCCCUUCCACACGCGGCAGUCUCCUCUCCAACCGCUCCAGCCGCGAGCAGCGCUCGUCCAUCGACAUCUUCCGCUCGCCCGCCGUCAUCCAGGAGGAGAGGGAAGAGGCGCACCCCUUCGGCCCGGAGCUGGAGCAGCUCAACGAGAUCGCCGAGGAGUUUGGCGGCGUGGUCCGGGACGCUGAGUACGAGGCGGAUCUCAAGGUGAUUCGGGAGCGGGGGCUGGCGAGGCUCUGCGCCGACGAGUACCUGGCGGAGAUUCGGCCGCUGUUUAGUAGGCGGUUUGGAUAUGGGAUGGGGACGCAUGUUGCGGCUCCGGGGCCCAUGGCGUGGAUUUAAAACUGUUCUGUUAGGGUACGACUGGUUUUGUCGGCCUGCUUUGAGCCGGGUUUGAGCACACGUUCGAUUUUUUGACUAGAUGAGCUGCAUGCUUUUUGUGCAU